CGAUGUGUGUCUGGAGUACAGGAAUCUGUCGGUAACAUUUGUGGCUCCGGUGGCUUUGUGGCUCAGAAAAUGGACACGCUGAAUAAACUGAAACAGUUUGACGCUUAUCCCAAAACUCUGGAGGAUUUUCGAGUGAAGACAUGGGGAGGAGCGACCGUGACUAUCAUCAGUGGUGUGAUCAUGUUAAUCCUGUUUGUCUCUGAGCUGCAGUACUAUCUCACUAAAGAGGUCCACCCUGAGCUGUACGUCGACACGUCGCGAGGAGACAAACUUAAAAUCAACAUUGAUGUUAUUUUCCCUCACAUGCCCUGUGCCUAUCUCAGUAUAGAUGCGAUGGACGUGGCUGGUGAGCAGCAGUUGGAUGUUGAACACAAUCUGUUCAAACAGCGACUGGAUAAAGACCUCAAGGCUGUCACCUUCGAGGCAGAAAAACACGAACUUGGUAAGGCUGACGAUGGUGAGGCGUUUGACCCCAGCACACUGGACCCAAACAGAUGUGAGAGCUGCUAUGGAGCUGAAACUGAAGACCUGAAAUGUUGUAACACUUGUGAUGACGUGCGAGAAGCGUACCGGCGGCGAGGCUGGGCGUUCAAGAGUGCCGACACCAUUGAGCAGUGUAAGAGGGAAGGCUUCACACAGAAGAUGCAGGAGCAGAAGAAUGAAGGCUGUCAGGUUUACGGCUUCCUGGAGGUUAACAAGGUGGCAGGAAAUUUCCACUUCGCUCCCGGAAAAAGUUUCCAGCAGUCUCACGUUCACGUGCACGCUGUGGAAAUACACGACCUGCAGAGUUUUGGCUUAGACAACAUAAACAUGACCCAUCUGAUAAAACACCUGUCGUUCGGUAAAGACUACCCCGGCAUCGUAAACCCUCUGGACGGGACAGACGUCACAGCGCCGCAAGGUCAGUUUUUUUUUUUUUUUUACAGUUUCUACUCCUUCUCUUUCUUCAGAUCAUUCACACACUUCCUAACAGGAGUUUGUGCCAUUAUUGGAGGCGUAUUUACAGUUGCCGGUCUGAUCGACUCACUCAUCUACCACUCGGCUCGUGCCAUCCAGAAGAAGAUAGAGCUGGGCAAGGCGUCCUAACAGCGCCUCCCGCUGGCCUCAACGGUGCAACGCAGACCGAGACACUGACGCAGAGACAGAAAGACAGAGAGACGUUUGAAGAAGUUUAAAAGCAGUUUGUUUUCUCUCCAUCUCUCUGCCUUCUGUUGGACUGAGUGAGAGAAAUACAGAGAGAGAGACAGAGGUUUUAAAUCAGCCAGGCUUUCAAUUCCUCUGUCUCUCUUUUCAUCGUGGAAAAGCUCCGGAGAAUUUAGAACGUUCCUCUCCACUGUUAAAUUUGACGCCAGCAGGACAGAGACAGAAUCAGACUUGUGAGAUUGAUCUGGAGCAGAGCGGAGGACGCCUCUUCGAUUCAGCUUUCCGAGGCUUCCCAAAGGAACAGAGGGAAGCUGAUUUCCUUCGUCCUGUUUACGCCCUGCCUCCUCACCAGCCAACGCUCGGAUCACUGAAUGUCUGCUAGGGGAUCUGUGGUCGAGCCCUUCAUCGAGAGGAGCGAGGAAAAGAGGGCACGGAGACUUAAAGGAACAUAUCACCCAAUUGUUUUGUUGUUUUCCUAUCAGUUACUGGCCCCCCUGUAACCGGGACUGGUGGAUGUAAAGUUUGUUCCCACAUGUCUUUCUGCAGAAUCACUGACGUCUGAUGGGAUAUUUUGGAAUCUGUCACUUACAAAAAUAUUGUUUUGGUUGUGGAUUUUAAGGAUAUGUCUGGUGAUAUUUUAAAUUUCUUACUGUCAACAAAUCCCUUGAAAAGAGCAAAACCAACAAUGAACUGAGGUUCCAAAUUCUGAGCUCUUAUUCCUCCCAUUGUUGUCCGAAAUGAUUAAAAACACAUCAACGAGCCACACUGAGUGACAUCUUCCUUCAUCUACGCACACCAUAGUCGCCCACAUACACCAACUUGUUGCUGCAAAUGCUGAAAAGAACAUCAACGGUCACCUUCUCAUUCACUUUUGCCUCCUGUUUAGGUAACGAGUUGUAAGAACCACCAAAAAAAAUAACGUUUUAAAGGAGGUUUUUAACAAAAAAUGAAAGACGUACUUGCAGGAGAUUUUUCAAUAUUUAAUCUUGGAUAGGAACCAAAGGGCCUGGAGCUGAAAAAGUACUGAGAGAGAGACCAAAACAUUGUUGGUUUCAGUGUUUUUGUGGGAUUUGUUGUCAAGAAAACUACUGAAUACAGCCACACUAGUGUUCAGAUAUUUCAGUCUCUCAGAAAAAUCUUCACCCAAUCUGGAGGGAGUAGAACCCUGAUAGCUACGACUUCUACUGUUUGAGGCCGUCACUCUCCAGACAUCAAGUUGUGAGUAUUUGAUGGUAAAAAGAAACUGGGUGAUUCAUCCCUUUCAAAGAAACUUGAGGCAAGCAGAUAUGAUCUUUUACAGCAGAUACAGUAAGGACACGACACAGGCAGAUUGUUGUGCUCACCUGUGGAGGAUUUUUGGGAAGUUGCCGUGGAGAUCGGUGCAGUCUCAGUGUUGCUUUCACCUGUUUACAUCGUGUGCCCAGGAGUCAGACUGGUUCAUUUUCAGCUAUUGCAGUGUGACUGUACAAGUCCAGCUGUUAAAUAUCUAACUUCCACUACACUCAGUCUGUCGGGUAAAACGUGUCCAACGGGCCAUUCUCAAACUACCAAACUAACUUUUGUCCACACGUCUGCAUCUGUUUAACUAAUGAAGCUGCUUGUCUCAACUUUGCGCUCACAUCUUGCUCUGGUUUGUUCCUGCAAACAAACACAUGAUGUAAUGAAUCACCUGCAGAGCUCGAUCACACCCUGAUGCAAUUCAUCAUUCAUGUGCAGUUGUUUUUCCACUCAGUCUGUGGUGUGCCAAAUCUUCAGCUGUUUUAUUGACUCUGGCAAAUAACGUGGUCAGCCUUUAUCCCACCAACUAAACUGUGAUUGGCUCAGCACCAGUGGAACUGCAAAACAAAAAGAAGUAAAUAAUAAAUGUGAAGUGAUUCCACAAUGUCUGGAUGCUGCCAGGGCUGGAAAAUUCUACACAUAGUGGCUUGAAAGUGUAAGACUUUAGGAUGAAAUCGAUCAAAAAGUUACAAACUCCUUGUUAGUCAGAUUUGCAAAAAGGCCUUUAUUUGUUUUAGUGCUAUUCCUUAAUUUUUGCCUGAUUAAGGUCUUGCACUGAAACGUUAGACAGCGCACUGGAACCUGGGAAACUUCUUGAUACGCUCGUUCCUUUCUCAUGAAAUGUCUUUGUGAAGAGUUCCUUUAUCUUUAAAUAUAACUAAAUGACAUAAUCAGAUCAGUUUGAAUGGAGGUGGUUAGGAAGAGAAAUUCCUUCAGUUUUGUUUUGUAUUUAAGUUGCACAAACCAGCAGCUGCAGCCAAAAUUCACAUCAAGUGGUUCAGUUUCUUUUGUCCCCCGACUCCAGCUGCUGCUCGCCGGCUUGGACAGAAAAUAUUAAGACGACGCUCAACCAGGAAACAUCACUGUAGUUGUAAUGACGCAUCUCUCAGACUUCCUCUCUACAUCCACUUGCAGGUUGUUUUUUUCUCUGUUGUUUUCAACUGAGUGAUGCCAAAAGAAAUUCAGUCAAUUAGCGAAGUUCCCGAAUUAAUCAAAAAAACAACCUUUGUCCUGACUUUACCCCCAAAGUGAUUAUGCAGCGAUUUUCAAAUGAACUCUUCAGAUGAUCUUUUUGCUUUUGUAAAUAGUGUACAGACACAUCCAUCACUGCCUCUGAGAAGGGACGGAGACACUUUUAAUCCCAAAGCUCACUCAGAUCAAGUAGGUGAGAUUGACUUUUAACGUCAGGGGGACAGAGGUGUCUGCUGUUCUGCGUUUGUUUGUUUGUUUGUUUCACUCUGUGGUUAACGGGCCAUAAUCUGCUCCGUUAGACUGCUGUUAAACGGCACACUUAUCUUGUUUGUUGUUUGCGCUGUGGGACAUGUUAAAGAUACACCCAGUAGCUCCAGAUGAACGAAUGACGGGGCAGACGGGGAGGCAGCUCCAAAACCACAAAGAAGACAGCUUAUGUGGGCUUGAUUCUCACUUUGUUCUGACUCACAUGUUGAGUCACCAUGUUGGGCCCAGAUGUUUCUGCCAGUUUGAUCUUUGCCUCUGUGUUUAUUUUUAAGCAUUAGACGGACAGAACCAGAACUGUGUUGGUUAAAAAAAAACUUUACUGACCGCACUCAUGGUUUCCCAUGUUUCAAAUCAGACGUCAUUGCUGACCGUUUUCAUAUUACUUACAUAAUUCCAACAUACUAUCGUUUUUUAUUUUGAGCUUUGAGGUUUUAGUUCUUAAUGUUGGGGAGACUCGACUCACAGUCCAACAGUGAGUCACCUUUAUUUUUUGCCGUUACAGUCAGGAAUCAGAAACUCUUGCUCCGGCUGUGUUCAAAGGAAAAAUAAAACUAGAGUCUCACUAGACCUCAACUCGGACACAGUUCAGUUUGCUGUUAACAAAUUAGCCUGUAUAAAGUGUCAUCAGAACAGUUCUUGCCAAAGUCAUUGCUGGAAGAAGUAAUGAUGUCUGUUUACUAUAUAUGUGACGAGUUAGUACUUCAUAUCUGAAGGCACUUUAGACAGUCAGACCAAGCAGGACUGGACCAAACCUGGUUUUUAAUGGUACUCGCCUUCUGAUUCAACUCUUCUACAGAUUUAUUAACGAUGAAGCAGGGAGACGAUGUAAAAAAAAUAAAAUCUUCUGUGAGUUUGUGACUGCAGCUCAUGUCAGUGUGGCAGGUUACAACAGAUGUUCUAGUACUACGGCUGUAAAGAGACACUCUGAUGAUCCUACGUAUGAAAAUAUUUCUUCUCUCUGUGUUUAGAAGUCUGGUUGAUGCGGUUUUGGUCAUGGCAGUUCAGCUGUUGACGACUGGUUGUUGCACCUUUUAACAUCUAAAUCAGGGGCAGGGGUUGUGUGUAUGUACACAGGUAUGUGUGUGAGUGUGUGUGUGUUCUGAUGCCAGUUGCUGUGUGUGAGUGUGAAAGAGAGAAAUGUAUUUAUAUUUUGAUUGUCCUCAAACAAGUUUUUAAAAUGACAGAAAAUAAAUGUUGAAUACACCAGCUUCAGUUGUGUUCUGCCUUGUUGGUUUGGUUCUGAUCAUAUAAUUGAACUUCAUACUGUAAAGAAGAUCCUGAAUGAAAUAAAAAGUGGAAUUUCUUAAAAUCAUUAAUAAAUAAAUGAAUAAAUAAA